GUCGGUUGUUUUGAAGGGUAUUUUAGCAAAUAAGAUAGAAAAUAGGUUGAAUAUCAUAGUCAGUUUUUUUUUUUUAUCUAGAUAAUGAAUUAUAAUUUUUUUGGUUAUCAUAGGGGGCAAUUUCUCUAUUUACUUUGUAGUGGUGGUUAUACUUGGGAGCAAGAGUAUUUGCUAUUUCUCAAUCGUCCGACUUAAUGGGCCUUUAGGCCCAUUACACGGCUCACUCUUAACUCAACUGAUAAGAUGUAAUGGAAGAUUUAAUUAUACUCUAUAAUCUUCUUCUGCACACUCUCUUGUUUCAUUCCGCCGUCGCCGUCGCCGUCGCCGUCUCCGUCGCCUCCUUGUUCGGUGAAAUCUACCCUCCUCGAAGUUUCCGAAGACUACCCAAAACUCUCUUUCUCACUUUAACCCUUAAUCUUCAGUGGACUGUUAUGUCCGAGAUGACAUCAAGAACCGCUGAUAUCCUGCGCGUAAGCUCGCAUCGCGAAGUCUACGAGCCCUGUGACGAUUCAUUUGCUCUAGUUGAUGCCUUACUCGCUGACCAAACCAACCUUAUAAACCACGAUCCCAAGGUUUGUAUGGAGAUUGGCUGCGGAAGCGGAUACGUCAUCACAUCACUCAUCCUCCUCCUCAAAGAGAAGCUUCCCAAUGUUCAUUACAUAGCCACAGACACAAACCAGAUCGCCGCAAGAGUGACAAACGAGACUUUACAAGCUCAUGGUGUCUCUGCUGAGGUUGUCUGCACGGACAUAGCUUCUUGCUUAGAGAAGAGACUCGCUGGGUUGGUAGAUGUGAUGGUGGUGAACCCUCCUUAUGUUCCAACGCCUGAGUAUGAGGUUGGUAUGGAAGGUAUAGCAUCUGCUUGGGCUGGAGGGGAGAAUGGGAGGAGUGUUAUCGAUAGAGUCUUGCCUGUUGUUGAUCGUUUGCUUUCUGAGAAGGGGUGGUUUUAUUUGGUGACGUUGACUUCUAAUUACCCGUCGGAGAUUUGUUUGGGGAUGAGGAAGAGAGGUUAUGCGUCGAGGAUCGUGGUUCAGAGGUCGACUGAAGAGGAGAAUCUUAUUAUACUUAAGUUCUGGAGAGAUAAAGAUGAGGAGGGUGUGGAUAAGGAGACGUCAUCAGAAUCGUUUGUGAAGCAGUUUUCGAGGUCUUUGUCAUCUUUUAUGGAGAAACAAUGGAGGUGAAAUGAUCUCAGCAGCAUUCUUUGUUACAACAACUUGCCAUGUUGCAAAGGCUCCUUUAAAGUCUAUGUUAACCGUGAAUUUUCUAGUGUUGGAUUGUAAUGAAGAUCCGGUUCUGUGUUGGUCCAUCGAUUUUGUAAAUUACUAAUUCGAAUUUGAUUAUAACUUCUUAGUAAAAGUUUAUAUAAGCGAACAUGAUUACAAAUCGAUUAAAAAGAAACUUGAUAUUGUUUUA